AUGGCAAAUCAUCAACAACCCAAUAAUAUCACAUUAAGACGAUGUGUUUGUAUUGAGACGAUGACGGUGCGUAAAGAUCAAAUAGAAGGAAUGUAUGAAAUGUAUAGAAGGGUUCAGGCCGUCAAUAAACUACGACACAACGAUCUUCUGAUACGCCUUCAAAAUACACAAGACGAUCCAUGCAUGGCGACCAGACAGUUAUCAGAGAUUAUACUUCUCAAAGAUGAAGAAAUCGACGAAAUGAGAGAAGAUUGUGUUCUUCCUUUAGUCACCAAAUGCGUCGAAUUCUAUGGAACAAACAUUAUCGUUCCUAGGCUCAAGGAAAUGUACCCUCAAAAUGAUUCUAUUCAAAACUUCAGAGGAUGGGCACACUGUUGUGCAUAUGCGUAUGGAAAUAAUGAUGAACAGUGGCUGCAAGAUGACAUCAAUCAAAUUAUAAACCAAAAUCCACAUAUAAGCGGUGUUUGGGAUACACUUAUAUACAUACGCAGACGGCGCAGUGAUGCUGUUCAUGGACCAAUAACUAAAGACGAUAUUGAAUCGCUGAAUGAUAGUGUUCAGUAUUUUCAGAGACAUCAAACGGCAUAUACCACAAAUUAUAUACAAGCCGUUCAAGUGCUAGCUGAUGUUCUUCAAACGAUGCCUCCUCGUUUAUUUGCUGUACCUGGUCAAUAUGACCUUGCCAAUCUUUUACGAUAA